AUGAAUGCAAAUCUGCGGAGACAACUACAAAAUUUUUUUGGAUUUUUCCUGAUUCUAUCUACAACUUUACUAAAAGAUGUAUCUGCCGCUUCACAACCAGUCCAAGGGCACUGUUCAGUAACAUACAAAGAUAGAAUUUAUAUUUUCGGCGGAUCGUUAAAUGAUUUCUCUAGUCCACAAAAUUAUUUUCUUUCAACUCGAGAGCCAUUUGAUACUAAUAAUAGUUCGAGUGGAGAUGGUCUCGAAUGGAAAGUGGAAGAGCAAACUGGGUCAACUUGUGUUAGUUAUGCUGCCUGCGUAACAACAUCUUCUGGAUAUCUUUUGGUAAUUGGAGGCAUUCAAAGCUGGGAUAAUAAGACAUCUACUCAAACUUUCCAAAUUUAUGAUUUCAAUGCUGCUCAAUGGGUUAGAUCCUCAAUGAAACUGAAUGAGCCUUAUCCUGGUGCUUCAUAUGGACCGCGUGCAACAUUCAUAUCUACAAAUUUAUUAUUUAUUUAUGGAGGAAAUACAUUGGAUUCAUCGGAAGUUUCUUUUCAAUCAACCGCCGUAUUUCUUGAUAUUGGUGGGGAGAAAUGGAAUUGGACAAAGAAAGAUCGAAGUUCAUCAAUAGACGAAACAGAUGCCUCUUACUCUGGAAUCAUUACGGUGAAUUCAAAUGCAUGGGUUUUUGGCGGAUCAACCUAUGCUCAAGACCGCGAAAGUCCAAAUAAAUCCAACAAAAUUUAUCUUUUCAACAUGGACAAGCAAUGGAUUCCCGCAGACGUAUCAUUACCGUUGGCCGUAGAACAUUCCGCAAUAGGCAUUCGAAAAAACACGUUAUUUAUUGUUGGUUAUUCCGAGCAGUCGUUGUUGAUCUGGUCAUUGGAUUUAGUGAGUCGAAAGUUUGUAGAAGUUUCACGAAAUUCGUCAAUUUCCGUCCAGAAAUUUGCACAUGCGCAAUUUUCAGGAUCGGAUGCGAUAAUGUUGCAUGGAAAUUUUUGUUCAGAGGAUGAAACAAAAGAAUCAUGUUCAGCCACCGCGAACUUCAAGAUUUUUAAUAUGACAACACGCUCAUGGACAAAUAAAAUGAAUGUUGUUGAUACUUAUAAUAGUUGUAUCACUAGUAACAAUAAUUUAGAUCUCACAUCGAGCGAUAAUGAUUCCGGUAAUAAUACAACAAAUAAUGCUAAUACUGCUGAUAGUAAUCAAGCUACAACUUCAAAUAAUGAAUCAAAAAUCAAAUUAAUAGAAAUAAUAAGUGGCGUUGAUGAUGGAGAAUCUGGAGGUGAUGAUAUACUACCAACUGUAAUGCGAGACCCAUCAUCACAAUUUAACACUUCUUCCUCGAUUCUCUCAACGGAAAUUGAUCCAUUUUAUAAUCGAAGUUCACGGCCCACUUCUCCCACGCGACUGGGAGGAAGUCCAGGGUCACGCCCAACGUCGCCAAUGAACUUUCGACCCGAAAUAAUUAGUAUCGUUGGAGAAUCUCCAAAAGAAUCACAAAUUAUGGAUGAUUUGCCUCUUCCUCCUCCUCCCGUGGCCGAUCAUUACGCUGGGAGAUCUUCUAUUGGACAAUCGCAUAGUAGUGUCAAUAGCGAUAAUUUGCCGAUAUCUUUUUACUCGCACGAGAGUGGAAAUAGUUCCCCGCCACGUGAAUAUAAUUUAUAA